AUGAGAAUCAUAAGUCUAGCAGUAAUCUUAUUUAUUGGUUUAGUAUCCUCUCAUGGAUAGGAGAAAGUCCACUCAAGUGUAGGUGUUAUUGCUGAAAAGCUUCAAAGCUUAUAAUAAAGAGCUUAACAAUUAGAAGUAUAAAUCAAUGAUCUAGAUGAGCUUCUUCAUCAUUUGGAAUAAUCCAAGAAUUAAAAUAAUAAUCUCAAUCAAGUCAAAAGGCCAGUUUUAAUGCUAAGGGAAAGAAUGGCUAAUGAACUCAGAGUAGAAGAUCCAUAUUUUUACGAUGGAACAUAUCUCCCUGAAGUAGAAACUAGUUUCUUCCACAAAAUCGGUAGCAGCUUCAAGACUGCUGGAAAAGACGUACUUUACGGAGCUGAAAAAGCCGCUCCAUAUGCUAUCCCAGCGAUUGAGAUUGCGGGUGCUCUAGGAGGAAUUUCAGUUGAGGAUCCAUUCUAUCCAACUGUUCAAAGACAUAAUAGAUAACCAUUAAAACCAUAAUCAGGGCAGCCAGCACAUCCAAAAAAGCAUCACAAAAGCUUUUUGAGCAGAGUAGGUGGUUUUGCUAAAAAGGUACUUCCAUAUGUUCCUGAUGUUAUCAAGAUUGCAAAAGCAGUCACUGACGAUGAAAUUCUUGUACAAGAAUCAUCUGACUAUUAUUCUUCACCACUAGACUAUCCUUACACAUAUUUCUACUGA